AUGGGGAUCGCUCCUGGAAAGCCAAUUGAUGGUAAUAUGUACGACACACGCAUCCGCGACUUCUUUUCACCAUCGCGUAACCCACCUACCCGUCAAACCCGGAGAACUGACCGAGUGAAAUCGUCAGCCGACCCUUCAAGAAGGUUUGCAUCUCGGCCAACACCCUUCCCAGACGUGACUGCCACAACAAUACAUCUACCUCAGUAUCCCACAGGCUCGCAAGAGGUCUCCUACAUUGAGUGGGACGAUGACGACGGCAGACGUGGCAAAUCCGCUUUUGAACGUAUCAAGAAGAGCUUCACAGAUCUCCGUGCCGCCGAACGUUAUAUCACAGAAGUGGGACACAGGACGCAGGCAGCGGGUACACCACCGGGGAGUCCUACUUUUGCUGUCGUUAGUGGCAUUGAUCGGGCCCCGGUUGCUAUAUUGGAGCCUGGGGCAAUCAAAUCUCAGACUCCUCUUAAACUCCGGAAGAAGGCCAGCACCAGGAACAUCUCAACGUCAGCACGACGCUCGGAUACCACUGACGCGACGCCACCUUCAACGUGCAAGAGGAAGCGCACAAACACGACGAGCUCUCAGCGUUCUUGGGGACUGCAAAAGAAGAGUAAGGAUGCAACCGUUGGACAAUUCGUCUGGGACCUCAUCGGGGCGAGGAAAGAGCACUGA